ACAAUGCAAUAUUUCAUUUUCAUAUCAUGUUUGUUUUGAUCUUCGAACUACGAUAAACGUGUUAUGAGAAUUAAUAAAGUAAAUAACUGGUUGUAGUUAGGAUAAGGUAAAAUUAUGUACAAAAGCAGUUUACGUCGUAUCGCUAAAAUAACAGAAAUUUAAAACAAACAAUAUGCCAAGAGACAGAAUUCCUUCUUUGCAACGUUGUGGUAGCAGAGGUUCCAUGCAAAAUGUUUACUCUUCUGCAAAUAAUUCUGAGGACGAAGAGGAGGUAGAAUCUAAAUGUUCCCUGAGUUAUAAGGAAAGGAGACGAGAAGCUCAUACUCAGGCUGAACAAAAAAGGAGAGAUGCUAUUAAGAAGGGUUAUGAUACCUUACAGACCUUAGUGCCAACUUGUCAACAAACUGAUAUAUCAGGGCAUAAGUUGAGCAAAGCAAGUGUGCUCCAAAAGUCCAUUGAUUACAUACAAUACCUUCAACAGCAAAAAAAGAAACAGGAAGAAGAGAGAAACACUUUAAGAAAAGAAGUUCUUGCCCUGAAAAUUAUGCAAACCAACUAUGAACAGAUUGUUAAGGCUCAGCAGUCUCAGCCUGGGCAAGCCGAAAUGAGAGUAUCUGACGAUGUUAAGUUUUCAGUUUUUCAGGCAAUUAUGGAACAGCUCUUCAUUCCAUUCAACAAUAUAUCAGUAGUUAAUUUUACAGAAUUGUCGGCUGGAGUUUUUAGUUGGCUAGAAGAAUAUUGCAAACCACAAAUGUUGAAGGAAUCUAUAAUGCAGGCUUUAAGAAGACAUAGCAGUCAAUUUAUGGGUUUAUCAACCAAUUUAUGAAUUACAUUUCAAAUGUAAGUGUUUUGAUUAAUAAAAUUUUAUGAAGUUGA